GUUCUUUCGCCAUCAUUCCCACCAGAUGCACAAUCACCACCGAGUCGCCUCGGAACAGACUCACCAGCCGCUCGCUUAAUCGACUUACCGCCUGUUGUGAAUGCUACGAACGGCUGUAAAAGCCCUGUCCUUGCUGCCACACCGUCGCCCGUCCCCCCCCUCCACCUUCCACGCCUCGACACAGCUAGCCUCUAGCGGCGGCUCCUACAAGAUGGCUGUCCGAACUGUGACCUCCCUACGGAGGUGGUCCUGCGAUGAUAAAGACCUGCCCUCUGCAUCUACCAUCAAAGCCAUUCACGUCUACGACUUCGACAACACAUUAUUCGCGAGCCCACUUCCGAAUAAACACAUCUGGAACGGUUCAACUAUUGGCCAGCUUGCCUCCCCCGACGUUUUCGUCAAUGGAGGCUGGUGGCACGAUUCCGCUAUCCUAGCAUCGACCGGAGAGGGCGUUGAGAAAGAGGAGGGGCGUGCGUGGAAGGGCUGGUGGAAUGAACAGAUCGUCACGCUUGUCGAACUCUCAAUGCAACAGAAAGACGCCCUCACGGUGCUUUUGACCGGCCGUUCAGAAUCUGGCUUCAGCGACCUCAUCAAGCGCAUCGUGAAGAGCCGGAAGUUGGACUUUCAUAUGGUUUGCCUGAAGCCCGCUAUUGGCCCUGCGAACCAAAAGUUCAAGAAUACAAUGGAAUUCAAGCAGGAGCUCUUGAAGGACAUCGUGUAUACCUACAAAGAUGCUGAGGAGAUUCGGAUAUACGAGGAUAGAGUGAAGCACACUAAAGCCUUCCGCGAAUUCUUCUUUAACUUUAACAAAGACUUGAUGUCCACCGCGGUUCAGCAGAUCCGCAAGCCGCUGACUGCAGAAGUCGUACAGGUCGCCGAAAAUGCCACGCAGCUCGAUCCAGUAUCAGAAGUCGCCGAGAUCCAGCGGCUGAUCAAUUCACAUAAUGCCCUGGUCAAGGCAGGCAACGCCCCGCGAGGUACCCCGCCCUACCAGAUCAAGAAGACCGUCUUCUACACAGGCUAUAUGAUUCCACAAGCAAUGACAGAGAAACUGAUCUCUCUCGUUAAGCUGCCGCCAGGCAUGCCCGAUUCCGAUAUUCGGUAUCUGGCUAACAGCAUACUGAUCACGCCUAAGCCUUGUCCGAAGAGCAUUCUCGAUAAGGUCGGCGGCAUUGGCAACAAAGUCACCUGGAAAGUAACAGGAGUCUCGUGCUUCGAGAACAAGCUGUGGGCGGCGAGGGUUGAGCCGGUUCCCAAAUCGCAGCGAUAUUACUCGGAGAACCCGAUUCCAACAAUCGUCUUAGCAAUCCGCAAAGGUGGAAAGCCGGCCGAUGCCGUGCGUAUCGUCAACUGGCAUCCCGUACCAGACGAGCAAUCCUACAAAUUUGAGAGCAUCGUCGGUGAGAAGGUCCUCCUCCGUGUCGAGGAAGAGCAAGCCAACGAGAGCGAGUGGGAGAGCUACUUCCCUAACAAGACCCACAAGCGCCCCCACGAAGACGAACAGGGCACCAAUGGUGGCCAUACCAGGGACUUCCGGUCACGGCAAGAGGAUCGACGUCCAAAUGGCCAGUCGAAUUAUCGCGGCGGUAACCAAAAUCGUGGCGGUCGCGGAAACCAUCGGGGUCCAUCUUUUGGCUCAAGAGGAGGGCGGGGUGGCGGCGGCGGCGGAUACGGUCGAGGAGGUCAGAGUGGUGGACGAGGACGUGGCCGCUCUGGUCCAUCGCAGUAUAAGAGUCUGGAUGAUGUUGACAAGAAUUACGGCAAUUCGAACUAUGACGAUCCGAACAGCUACUAUUAAGCUUCGAGGCAUAUCGUUGCGGUUGUUCAAUCUUUAUACGAUUUCAUCAAUUUGGGGGAUUUCAAUCACGUUUCUAUAUGGGAAGUGUCCGUGAGUUGCCAGGUUCCAACACCUGCUUUGCAGCUCAAGUCGUGUGUUUGCGCUUGGUGGGCUAUAACAGACGCCUUUCCUGAAGCCUCAGCUCCCUGGCUCUCAAGCUCGACAGCCCUAGGCAUGGAAAUGGCUGAUUUCUCUUACAUACGGCCCAGCUUUGUAUU